AUGAAGGUUUACUCGAGGCACAUGGGUGCAUGUUUCCAUUCGCUAUAUGGACAAACAUGGACAAACCUGAGCACAUGUAGUCGGAUGCAGCAGAGCAGAGCCCACCCGCGCACACCCGCAAAAGAGGCUACAUCCCAGCUGCAUCAGAAUCGAAAAAACCUGCGUGAACCAACUCAUCUUCCAUCUGGCCAGCUUUGGCUCGAAAUGGCGAACUACUCGGGGGAUGGCCUCCUGUACUAUGAAGGUGCGGCAGAGGAAGACCCAGUUCUUACCUUCGCCUUCCACACCCCGAGCCACAAGCUGGUGCUCGAUGUAGCCGAGGAGCGAAACCGCACCCGAGCCGGCUCCGACAAAGUUGCGGGCUUCCGGCAGCGCUAUGAGAAGGAGGUUGCAGCAGCCAAGAGCAAGUACGCGGGCAUAGAGCCAGAAUUUAGCGACGAUGACAUGAAUGCAACUAUCACGGAAGAAGAUCGCAAGCGUGGCUGGGAAUACCCGUUGACCAAGACGCAGCAGAAGAGAGAAUUUGGGUGUGUCCCCGCUGAUCAGCAGCGCUUCCUUUGGCGAUUGCAGGAUGGCCACCUGGAUGUGGUGGAGGAUUAUCUACACAAUCCCAAGAUGCGCAAAGCCGUAGACAUCAACCGGUACGAUGAGAUGGGCUUGACGCCCUUGCAUCAUGCAGCACGCCUCGGCCAUGCAGACAUCGUCCGGGCUCUCAUCGAGGGCAAGGCUGACCCACUGCUGCGAGACCGCAGCCAGGGCCUCACUGCCCUGGACUUCGCCCAGCGCGGUCGAGACUGGGACGCGGGGCCCAACGAAGAGGCAAUCAAGGCGAUCCAGCUCUUCGAGCCCUGA